CCCAUACAAAAAUAGAAAACAAAACAUCAAACAAACAACAAACAUGGUUGGUUUUGAAAAUCUGGUUCAAGUCCCUCCAAUGAGGAAAACCCCAGUCGGCGGCUACGACUGCCCCGAGGGCGUCGACAUCCGAGGCCGAUACGACGCCGAAUUCGCCGCCAUUCUCACCAGAGACGCCCUCCAAUUCGUCGCCUCUCUGCAGCGCCAAUUCGCCAGCCACAUCACCUACGCAAUGGACUGCCGCAACGACGCCAAGCUCCGCUACAACCGCGGCGCGCUCCCCGCCUUCGACCCCGCCACCAAGCCCCUCCGCGACGCCGACUGGCUCUGCGCCCCUCCGCCUCCAGCAAUCGCCGAUCGCCGCGUCGAGAUCACCGGCCCCGUCGAGAGGAAGAUGGUCAUCAACGCGCUCAACUCCGGCGCCAAAGUUUUCAUGGCUGAUUUUGAGGACGCGUUGGCGCCGAAUUGGGAGAAUUUGAUGCGAGGGCACAUCAAUUUGAGAGAUGCGGUGAGGGGCACGAUUAGCUACCAUGAUAAGGCGAGGAACAGAGUGUACAAGCUGAAUGAGCAGACGGCGAAGCUCUUUGUGCGGCCUAGAGGCUGGCAUCUGCCCGAGGCUCACGUCUUGAUCGACGGCCGCCCUGCCGCCGCCUGCUUGGUCGACUUCGGCCUCUACUUUUUUCAUAACUGGUCCGCCUUCCGCCGCAAUCAAGGCCACGGAUUCGGCCCCUUCUUCUACCUCCCCAAAAUGGAGCAUUCUAGGGAGGCUAGGAUAUGGAACAAUGUGUUCACGGCGGCGGAGAAAAUGGCGGGAAUAGAAAACGGGAGCAUCAGAGCGACGGUGCUGAUCGAGACUCUGCCGGCGGUCUUCCAGAUGGACGAGAUUCUGUACGAGCUUCGGGACCACUCGGUGGGGCUCAACUGCGGCCGGUGGGACUACAUCUUCAGCUAUGUCAAGACAUUCCAGGCCCACCCGGACCGCCUCCUCCCUGAUCGCGUCCUCGUCGGCAUGGGCCAGCACUUCAUGCGGAGCUACUCCGACCUCCUGAUCCGCACGUGCCACCGCCGCGGCGUCCAUGCCAUGGGCGGCAUGGCCGCCCAGAUCCCCAUCCGGGACGACCCCAAGGCCAAUGAGGCGGCCCUGGAGCUCGUCCGCAAGGACAAGCUCAGGGAAGUCCUGGCCGGCCACGAUGGGACGUGGGCGGCCCACCCCGGCCUGAUCCCCGCGAUCGCGGAGGUGUUCGACGCCCACAUGGGCGGCGGGCCCAACCAGAUCCAGUCCGCGAAGCGGGAGGACGCGGCUGGGGUGCAGGCGGAGGACCUGCUGCAGACCCCGCGCGGGGUCCGCAGCAUGGAGGGCCUCCGCCUGAACACGAGGGUGGGGAUCCAGUACGUGGCGGCGUGGCUGACGGGGACAGGGUCGGUGCCGCUGUACAACCUGAUGGAGGACGCGGCGACGGCGGAGAUAAGCCGGGUGCAGAACUGGCAGUGGCUCAAGUACGGGGUGGAGCUGGACGGGGACGGGCUCGGGGUGAGGGUGACGGCGGAGCUCUUCGGGAGGGUGGUGGAGGAGGAGAUGGAGAGGAUUGAGAGGGAGGUUGGGAAGGAGAGAUUCAACAAAGGGAUGUAUAGAGAGGCGUGUAAGAUUUUUGCGAGGCAGUGCACGGCGCCGACGUUGGAUGAUUUUCUCACGCUUGAUGCCUACAACCACAUCGUUGUUCAUCAUCCACUUGCUUCUUCGAGGCUUUGAAAAUUGAUCGUCGCCUUAUCAUUUUGGUGUUUCUUUUGCUAAUAAAUCCAUGUUUUUCUGUUUUUUGUAUCAUUUGGCCGUGUAUGUUGCACUAUUAUCAAUAUGUUUGAAUGAUAAAACAUUUCAUUUGCAUUA